AUGGAUAUAGGCGACUACCUGCGCCGUUACCUGCAACUCUCGUUUCCUGGCUAUCAGGAUAUCGAGGAGCGCUACAAGCGGGUCAACUUCUACAGAUCUAAUCGGUUGGAGGAGAUGCGUCGCUGGGACAUGAGCGAGGAACCCGUAGACCCAGCGCACGGUCAGAUCUACGUCUGCAGCGGUUCCGAUGCGGAAGAAGUCCUCGCGAACAUCCGCCACACGGAUAUCUACUUCAUGCCACCUCAUCCUGAUCUAUCGAUGCUGCUGCUGCGAUUGAUGCUGUUCGAAACACCAUCGAGCGAGGGACCGCUUCCGCCUCACAGACAUAUCGUCAUCUUCUGCACUGCCCGUCCACUCUCAACUCGAUCGUUUGGAGUUACGGGGAUAUGGAUCCCGCUAAUCGAUGCCCUUGUGCUCGAUGUUCGAGGGACGCCGACGGCACAACUCCGCCGUGCUCGUGUUGGCGUUGCGAACCCUCAUUAG